ACGGAAGAUAACAUAAACAUCACCUUGCCUUACCCUAGGUAUCGUACUGCUAGGUCACCAUCCGCUCUGUCUUGAUCUUUUGCCCUACCUUGAUGUCCUUUGCGGAUAGACUUUACCUCUACCAGCUCAGAACUGCCUCAGUUUCAUCGACUCCACUGUCUUCAAGAGUCAGACUCGCUAUAAAAUCCACCUCUGCGGAUCCCACCAUCUGCUUCCCUCAUACUUCCUUCCCACCUUUCGGCCGUCACACAAAUGACCGCCAGGUAUCGAUAUACGACUGAUGCCAAGAUGCCUACGUCAAGCAGUACUCAGGAUGGCAUUGAGAACCAGUUCGGCGACCUCAAUCUUGCAAUCACAGGCCUGGGAGUAGAAUACCCACCACAUCUUCUUGACUCCACAGCAGUAGAUAUCCUCUGCAAGCGUCAUUAUCCCGAAUCCCCAGCGUACAACCCAUUAUCUCCAAGCUAUGUCCCUUACUAACACCCUCCAGAAUGACAAAAGUCCGCACGAUAAAUAACUACACCGGGAUCGACACUCGUUCAGCAAUCGGGACCGUCGACCACCCUUUAGCAAACAUGGACCAUGCGCCGACUAUCUCUGAACUCUGCAAGGUCUUUCUCAAGGAUGGAGUCGCUCUCGCCGUAAACGCCUCACGAAAGGCGCUGCACGAAGCGCAGUUGUCCCCUCUAGAUAUUACGCACGUGGUCUCAACGACUUGCACCAACAGCGCGAACCCUGGCUUCGACCAUUUUGUGUGCAAAGAAUUGGGUAUCACACAACCGGUGGAGAAGGUCCUGUUGCAUGGUAUAGGGUGUUCGGGAGGGUUGGCGAGUUUGCGAACAGCGGCGAAUCUGGCGCUAGGAAGCAGUUUUCGGAAAAGGAGAGCGAGGGCGUUGGUUAUUGCGUUGGAGAUUUCCAGUCUUCUGGUGAGGAGCGAAUUGGACAGUAUAAAUGAUUCGCAGGACACCAGGAUUGGUGUUACACUUUUCAGCGACUGUGCGAGCGCGGCAAUUCUGUGUAAUGGAUUCGGCGGUGUUGAGGCAGAGCCCGUGUAUGAGUUGUUAGGCUGGGAUAAUAGGGUGAUAGCUGAUACUGAACAUGAUUUGGGAUUUGAUGUUGACCCCUUAGGAUGGAAGGUUGUCCUCUCACCCCGAGUCCCCAAGCUCACUUCUGCGGCGGUAUCGCCCACUUUCAACAAGCUCCUGCAGAGCCUUCCCAAGCUACCUCCACAUUAUAAGACUGCGUCCGAUUUCGACUGGGCACUACAUCCAGGCGGCGCAACCAUCCUCUCUGGCGUCGAAAAGGCUAUGAACAUAACCCCCGAACACAUGCGCGCCAGUUAUGACACGUACAUAAACCAUGGCAAUUCCUCCUCCGCUACAAUAUUCUCCGUCAUGGACCGACUGCGACAGAAAGAUAUGGACAAACUGGCGCCUGAUGGCAAAGCAAAGGAUUUCGUGGUAGGAUGCGCAUUUGGCCCGGGUAUCGUGAUCGAAAUGUGCAUGUUGAAGCGAAAUAUGAGCCAUAUCCAACGAACACUUGUUGUUGAAUCAGGGGAAGCGACACCUUCACAUACUGAAAGUGAGAGAAGUGAAGGGGAAGCAGGACAGGAGAUUGAGAUUCAAAUUGAGAUGGGGAGCAUGGAGGGAAAAGACGAGGAACUGGGCGAGAAGUUGAGGGAUAUGCACCCGGAAGUUCCGCAGCAAGGGGAUAGUUUGAGCGAGGCGCUGAAUGGUGUCGAGUUGGACUAA